AUGUCAUGUUCUCCACGGCGUUUUGUGGAAGAAUUCUGUCAGCUCUGCGAAGAAAAGAUGGAAAAAGUGGAACGAAAACGCAAAACAGACAGGGAUUUAUAUGAAGUUGAGGUUGUUGAAGCGGGAUACGACGCGAAAAAACAGCUAAAAAUUCAUUUCGUGUGAUUCAGUCACGAAUACGGGCGAAACGACCUGAUACUCACGAAUACGAUGAGUGGCGUGAUUACGAUAAUGAAAGGAAUCACUUUCUCUUCGUUCGCUUGGAAAAAGUGUUUUCCCCGAGGAAGGUUCGCUGGAGGAUAGAGACAACAUUUUUCACGGGCAAUUGUAUCGUUGUAUCAAGAGAAAGUUGUGGUCCGGCUGAAAAGAUGACCCCGAGGUGCGCAUAA